CCGCCUCCUCCAUCUCAAGCUCGGUUUCGUCCCUGUCAUACCUUCGCUGCCGCCAUCUCAUCACGACACUUCCCCACUAAUACCUGGGCCUUGCACAAAAACAAGCUGGGAGAGAUGGUCAUUCGAUCCUGCUGCCGAUGAGCUCCAUGAUCGAGACCAGUAAUGACUGGGCACGAGAGGAUGAGCUCGACUUGGGACCAGACGACGAUGCACUCUCUCCGCCGACCCCCAACGGCAUCCCCGACCAUGUGCACCCCCAUCCACGGUCGGCGUCGGACUCAAUGGCUUACGUCGAGGAAGAUCUGCCCGAUCUAACAACUGAGGACCAUGACCCCGCCGUCAAACCACCUCCUGCUGUUGACCCCGAUGCGACCGACCUUCCCUCUUCACCGCGUUCCGGGCAGCCCGGCGCUCCCGGUAGUGUUGACGAGACUCUCUCAAUCCCCGACGACACUCCUUCCCUGCAUGACUCCAUCCUAUCGUCGCGAAGCAGCAGCGCGUUGGCCUUCCGUGGCUCCCCUCGACUCAGUCCCAGUCCCUCCCACCGCCCGUUCGACCUUCGGUUUCAAUCCAGAUUAUCUUCUACCUCAAUUGGGAACUUCCGAUCGGCCUCGCCUUUCCUAGCGCAGUUGCACUCGCGCAAAUCCUCCAUCACGAGCCACCUGUCUCCCGGAACCGUUGAUUCGGGGCCCGACACCCCCCAGGGACCCUGGGAUGUCGUGCGCUGGACCAAACUCAGAAAGAUCAACGGCCAGGCGUUUUCGGAAGCUGGAAAGCGGAAUUUCGGGCAUCCGACUUGUAUGGUGGUCUCAACGUCAAUCGUGGUUGGAACUUCCAAGGGCAUAAUCCUUGUCUUUGACUACCAGCAGAACCUCAAGACCAUUGUCGGCCUGGGGACGAAAGCGAUCGAAUGCGGCGCAAUCGCAUCCUUGGCGCUGUCCGCGGACCACACCACGGUUGCCGGAGGUCAUCAGUCGGGUGACAUCUUCACCUGGGAAAUUUCGCGGUCUGCACGGCCCUUCCUUCACAUACCCCCGAUACCGGCCAAUCUGAUUGAGAACCGACCCUCAGAUGGUCAUAUCGCGGGAUCACCUGUCAUCCAUGUGGGGUUUCUGGGGACUCGACGUACCGCACUAGUCUCUGCAGAUAAACGAGGAAUGGCCUUUUCGCAUCUGGCUACGCGUGGUAUGGGUGCAGUCGGACGCACGGUGAAAACGAGUAGGAUCCUGGGCCGCUACCCUCAGAUUUAUGCGGAAGGGUUUCGGCCGCGAAAGCCCAGCUCAGUCCUGGCUUUUUCACCUCUUCCCCUGGGCAACACUGAGCAGCCGACGGACUCGCUGGGACUGGUUGCUAUGCUUACCCCUUAUCUCCUGGUGAUAGUGUCAACGACGCCCGUUGCGCAAACCCAACACAAGGCGCCUCGUCCCAAGGAGGUUGCCGCUCAUGGCGCGAUGACUGGAGCCCUAGCCUGGUUCCCGGCAAUUCGCCUGAAGGGGAAGGAGACUGAAACCUCGCGGACAAAGCUGGUCUAUUGUUGGUCUAACGUACUGACAGUGCUGGAUGUUUCCGAGGUGGAAGCGGAUGAAUCUCCAAACAGGGACCGACCUCCGGCUCUGGAGUUCAGACCACGAAGCAGAUGGAAGGCCGAUGAGGCUAUUGUAGCUGUCCAAUGGUUGAGUCGCUCCGUGAUGGCCGUGCUCACCAUUACCCAACAGCUGCUCAUCCUUGAGGAUCACACGAUGCGUGUCACAGAAGCAGUUGAUCUGCUCAAUCGACACAUCUACCAUGUGGACUUAUUCUCUGCCCAGCUCCAUAGUCUGGUUGAACAGUUCAAUGAAGAUGACACAACGAUGCAUGGUGUAGUAGCGGAUGCGUUCUUCAUGAGCUUUCGCUCUUACAAAGGUCGAUUGUUCCUUCUUGGCUAUAAUGAACUUCUAAUUGGAGGUCUUUCCAACUGGGCUGAUAGGUUACUUGCCCUCAUGGAGGCGGGUGAUUUUAUCGGGGCAAUUCAGGUGGCGACAUCCUACUAUCAAGGUAGCGCUGAGAAGCUUACAAUUGGUCUCCCUGAAGAGGACGCAUUGAGGCAGCCUCUAGUACGAGAAAAGCUCCUGGAAAUGAUUUCAGCGACGCUCAAGUACGCAUUUGGCCGCAACGUGGAGGCGAACAAUGAAAGGCUCGAUACCAUACAGCUCCAGAAGCUGGCCGAGGUGUCAAUCUCUGCCUGUGUUUGCAUGUCCGAACUAGAUUAUCUGUGGGAUGAAGUGUUCACCUGGUUUGAAGAGAGUGACUCCCAAGGCAUCUUUCUCGAUGCACUUGAAUCAUACAUUGUUGAGGGAACUGUUCGCUCACUCCCUCCCACUGCUGUCAAGGCUCUAAUCAACCAUUACGCGACGAACCACAUCGCCAGCAGAUUGGAAGAGAUUAUCUGCCUGCUAGAUACAGCCACGAUGGACAUUGACCAAACCACCACACUCUGCAAGCAUUAUAAUCUUUACGACGCCUUCAUCUAUGUCUGGAAUCGCUGUCUUGGGGACUACGUGGGCCCUUUACAGGAGCUCCUUGGGCUCAUCCCAAUCCAGGAGGCUCUGGCUAAUGGAGACUCUACCAGCGGGAUUGCACAAUAUACGAACGCGAUGAAAGUGUAUCCCUACCUUUCCUUUGUUCUCACAGGCCGGAUAUAUCCCACUGGCGAUGAUAUGGACGAGACGGAGGCCAACCGAGCCAAGGCGACCCUAUACGACCAUCUGUUCUCCGGUAACCCGCCAGUCACAGGGCAAGGGGAAUCCCUUGAGACGUUCCCAGACUUGCGGACCAUGCUCAGGUUCGAUACAGCUAGCUUCAUGAGCAUGCUAAACGAAGCUUUCGAAGAUAGUUUCCUGAAUGAUCAGGAGCCGGAUGAGACCCCAUCGCACGGAGUGUCUGUCAACCGACAGUAUCUAAUCAGUGUAUUACUACAGAUAAUGACCUCGGACUCCUUUGAUGCUUUUGAUACCAUUCGGUUAGACAUGUUUCUUGCUCGCAAUCUCCCGAAAUAUCCUCAAUACAUUCUCCUCUCGGGCAGCACGCUUCAACAAGUUCUGGAGCGGCUUUGCCGCUGCCCAGACCCCGCGAUGGCGGAUGACUGUGAGCUAAGCGCUGAGUAUCUGUUAUCCAUCUAUCACCCUCCGGACGUACAGGGAAUGAUACCGCUGUUCAAGGAGGCUCGAUUCCUCCGGAUCUUGAAAUCAACUUAUCGCGUGGAGAAACAGUACCCUGAACUCAUUCUGACCUACCUUGAAGAUCUCAAUGAGCAAGAAGCCGUCUUUACCUGCCUACAAGAUUGUCUUCGCCCUGGCUCUGGUCUAGGCAAGAAGCAAAAGCGGGAUCUUCUUGAUGUGGUCAAAGAUCAUGCCGGUCAGCUCGCAGCGAUCAAUGUCGAACGAGCAGCGCAGACCAUGCAUACCUUUGCCCCAGAGACGCAUGAAAUCUUCUUAAAUGCUCUACAGCAAGAUCCCUAUCGGCAAUACCAAUACCUGGCCGUUGUGGUGGGGAUGGCUCUGCAGUCCGUGACGGAGGGCAGACCCUCCAAGCCCAUCGAGAACUGGAUGAUCGAGCGUUACGUGCAACUUCUCUGCAAGUAUAAUCCCUCUCGAGUCGCCAACUUUGUGGAUGAUUUGCGCAUCGGUGAUGUACGCCUAAAGGAGCUGCUGCCCUCAUUAGAGGAGAGUGGCGUAGUGGACGCCGCGGUGAUCUUGUUGGCUCGCCAAGGCCAGGUUCGAGCGGCUAUGGACCGCCUCAUCGCGCAUUUGGGGACACUUGAGUCCGGGCUGAUGGGCAUUCUCCAGAGCAUCAACGACGAUCCGGACUCUGCAAGUACUACCGACGCCAUUAAUCACCUUGUAGAAUCAUUAGAGAAAUACACGCGAGUCGGUACUUGGCUCUGUCGGGGCCAAACGAACACAGCCAAGAAUUCUCGAGCGAUUGAGAAGAAUGGCUUCAGCAAAGGAGCCGUCGACCAAGCCCUUUCUUUCGAUGAAUCCUUGUGGCUCGAUUUGAUAGAAGCCGUGGUGCGCAUUGCCAGUGGUGUUUUUGGCUUGAUGCCCAAAAAGCCCUCUGAAACUGGCGAUGCUUCAGUGACGGCAACCUCGGCUCCGCUGAUGCCGGUUGUUCGCUCGCUGGUCCAGCAGGUUUUCACCACCCUGCUUGCCAGCACGGUGCGGAGUGGAGGGUCGUCAACCAGCGAGCGCAGUGAUGUCGCUUUCCUCCGAAUCUUGCGUGCCUUCCUCACGCGGGCUGCAAGUUGGUCGCCUUCCCUGCUCGAGCUGCGCGCAGUACUGGCCUCGAUCUUCUCUGCCUACACGUACGAAAAGUCACUGCUGGCUCUUGCCAACGGCAUGCUGGAUCGGGAUUUAUUCGUGCACGUGGAUGAGGUAACACGACUGCGCCAGCGGGGAUGGCGACCACGAGGCCAGGUAUGUGAGAUCUGCCGACAGCGCAUCUGGGGACCCGGAGUCGGACCCCAGUACUGGCAGGCCUGGGAGCAGAAACAGGCUCAGGCGCAGCAAAACCGUCUAGCAAAACGGCUCCAUGAGCAAAAUGAUCCUGCGACCGCGCGGGGAAAAGGUAAAGCGGCCGACGUGGGUCAGCCACAAUAUCUGCUGGAAGGCCAUGCGGACGCGGACGCGAACGCUACUGCGGAGGACGCCGAGCAGCCCGCUGGGCCAGUCUUGGUUUUCGCUUGUCGACACCUGUAUCAUCGUCGUUGUAUCCUGGAAGUCGAUCAUUCUGAUGCCGCUCAGAAUCAGAAUCAUCCUCGCCAAACUAUCCGUGGCGGGUCGGACUUGGAGGUGUUGUCUUGCCCGGUGUGCCCUGUACAUAUAUAGUGAAUGAGCGAUUUCAACAUGAUAAUGACUUAUUGACCUUACUUAACUUUCGU